AUGGACAACCCUCCAGCCUCUAUCAUGCCACCUGGAUGCCAUAACCGUGAAACGUCUGGGAGAUAUUCGCCAUUCAGCUUGCUACCUCCAUCGAUCGACACGACAAUAGCAAUCGCACAUGCAGCGCAACUAUGUCGCGUUGACAGCUCCCAAUUGCAGGACUUGCUACCAUGUACAUCUAUCCAAGAAGGGCUUAUGGCUCUCACUACCCAACGGCCAGGCGACUACGUAGCCACGUUCAUCUAUGGUAUCGGAGCUAAUGUCAGCAUCGAGAGAUUGCACCAAGCCUGGGAUCUGGUCGCUGAAUCGAAUCCCAUCCUAAGAACAAGGAUUAUCAGUCUCCCAACGGUACAGGGGCAUGUGCUUUGGCAGGCAGUCCUUGAUGUGCCUCUGUCCUGGAAGACUGAGAACGAAGGUGACGUCGAUGCAGGUCCUGAACAUCAAAUGAACCUGUCGGAGCCACUCACAAGAAUGUCGAUAAUCAAACCAUCACUCGGCUCAGGACCCUGCUGCCCGUACUGGAAAAUACACCACGCACUUUAUGAUGGUUGGAGCAUAAACCUUUUCCUGGGAGAAGUUGAACGAGCAUAUUAUCGGCAGCCGGAGAGCGGGCUGCGUCAAAUGCAGCAUUUCAUACGCCACCUACAGGCCCGGGACGAAAGCGCAGAAAAAGUCUUCUGGAGCCAGUACUUUGACGGUAUCCGUGGCGCACACUUCCCAUCUGUACCGCUGGACUCGCAUCCUCGUCCCGAUAGCCAGAUUACGUUCGAUAUGACAGACCUGCCUCUGAGCCACUGCGACUACACAGGAGCCACUAUUGUCACGGCGGCAUGGGCUACAGUCGCAGCAAAUGAAGCAGGCGCCAGUGAGGCGCUGUUCGGACUCAUAGUCACAGGUCGUCAAGCCCCGUUGAAGGACAUCGAGUUCAUUGCCGGCCCCACGAUCGCGACUGUUCCCAAGAGAGUAUCGCUCGAUUGGAGAUCAAGUCACGACCAUCUGCUAGAUAACGUACAGAAAGGAGCUGCUGAGAUGAUCCCAUUUGAGCAGACUGGGCUUCGGAACAUUUCUCGAAUGAGCGAGAGUGCUGCACUUGCAUGCAAAUUCCAGACGCUCCUACGUCAGCAGUCCCAUCUUCUACGAGAUGCACGACCGGCAUCCGAUAAUUACUCGAUCGUCACUGAAUGUCAUCUCGAGAAAGAUGCAAUCCAUGCACGCUUCUCGUACGACUCAAAGGUCGUCUCUCCGCAACGUGCAGAAUUCGUGCUCAUGGGAUUACAUGGUCCGAGGUGGGACCUUCAUCAGGUAUGGGCAUGGAACAGUGCCGUACCUGAGCCCACGCGAGCAUGCGUCCACGAUAUCGUUUCUCGAAGAGUCAUCGAGCGCCCCUUGGCACUUGCGAUUUGUGCCUGGGACGGGAAUUUAACUUAUGAAUACUUGGAAGACCUUUCCACGCAAGUCGCUCUUCACCUUUCUGGCCAAGUACUCUCUGGCGAGAUCAUCCCCCUUCUUUUUGAAAAGUCAAAGUGGAUGCCGGUGGCUGCGAUCGGCGUCAUGAAAGCUGGUGGCGCAUGUCUCGCUCUCGAUUCAGGACUACCGCCCGUGCGACUGCAAAAUCUUGCGGCGGAGUCGAGAGCGUCGCUGAUAUUGUGCUCGGUCAAGAACAGCACCCUCGUGCAGCAAAUUGGGGCUCAGAAGAGUGUUGUGGUAGGCAACGACUGCCAGUGGCCAGCUGGAGAAUCAUCCGUCUUACCGCAAGUGAAUCCCAGCGAUAAAUUCUAUGUCAACUUCACCUCUGGCAGCACCGGUAUUCCUAAAGGGGCCCUGAAUACGCACGAGGCCUUCUGUUCGUCCAUCACCUAUCAGCAAAGACGAUUAGGAUUCGAUGAAUUCGCUCCACAGUGCGAGCGUGAUAACGAUCUGGCCGGCUGUCUAGAGCGGUACAAUGUCACCCUGGUCGACCUGCCGCCAUCUGUCGCACGCAUCAUGAGUCGUCGUGCGCUCUCGCAACUGUCAACUCUCAUUCUUGGCGGAGAGCCUGUGAUGCCGGAGGAUGCGUAUCUGGCGGGCGCUAACACCAGGAUCGUCAACGUGUAUGGGCCGGCAGAAUGCACGCCGACCGCAACUCUGGCGGAGGUCAAACCCAACGAUGUCAGCAUAGGUCGAGGUGCAGGCGUAUGCACGUGGAUUAUUGAGCCACAACUACAGACUAUCUGCCCAAUCGGCACUGUUGGAGAGCUUUGGCUGGAAGGGCCGUUGGUGGGUGAAGGAUACUUACAUAACCAAGAGCAAACGAAAGAUUGCUUCGUCGAAAACCCUCCUUGGCUGACGCAAGGAGUAUCAGGCAGCUGCGCUCGACCGGGUAGACCUGGUCGGAAGGGCAGAUUGUAUCGCACGGGCGACUUGGCCCGGUACAGGAACGACGGGUCUAUCGUGUUUGUGGGGCGCACUGAUUACCAGGUCAAGAUUCGCGGUCAGAGGAUAGAGCUGGGCGAAGUUGAGCAUCACGUCCAGCAAGCGCUUCCUCCUGAUAUUUCGGCAGCGGUGUGUACGGAAGUGAUACAACCACAGGUGGCCAAGGGGAAAGUUGUUGUGGCGUUUAUCAGUCUCAGAGGCGAAGCCUCUACCGCCAUGGAUCAAGAGUCUCACAAUGCUGCGGUACACAAUCUGACCGAGGGUGUGAUCUCACGCCUCACGGACAGCGUCCCUUUGCACUUGAUUCCUACAGCUUUCAUUCCGGUGUUGACGCUGCCUCGCUUGUCCUCGGAUCAGAUCGAUCGAAAGGCAUUGCGAACUCUCGGCGGAGGCACUCAUCUGAAACAGCGCAAUGUUGACCGGAAGGAAGCAAUUCACGGUGCGGAAAAACAGCAUGUGAACCGCAUCGAGGCCAUUCUCCAACAAAUAUGGGUGUCUGUGCUCAACUUGACAAAGGCUGAAGUAUCGGUGGAUCAGCCUUUCAUGCGGCUCGGAGGUGAUUCCAUCACUGCAAUGCAAGUGGUUUCGCAGGGAAAGCUUCGCAACGUGUCUUUCACCGUCACGGAUGUUCUGGAAGCAUCGACUAUCAGGAAGAUCGCUCGCCGUUGCAAGAUCAUGGAGACGCAGCACAGCCCCAAUGGAGACUCAAAUGUUGAUGCUGAUGGAGUUGAGGUGCAUAACAGGCCCUUUGAUUUGUCUCCCAUCCAGCAAAUGUUCUUCCAAGCCUAUCCUGAUGGAUUGAACCACUGGAAUCACACUUACCUGCUGGAGCUUGCACGGCCAGUACGCGCGGAACUGCUUCGUGAUGCAUUGGAGGCGCUUUUCGCACGCCAUGCUAUGUUGCGCUGUCGCUUCCACAGAGACGAAGCGACUGGCAAGUGGAUGCAAAGGGUGUUGCCGAAGGAUGAUGCGCAUCCAUAUCUUCUUCGAGAACAUCAUGUGAAUUGCCGUGAUGAAGUAGUCGGCAUCUCUCAGGCUCGACAAGAAUCGCUCGAUCUUCAACGUGGUCCAAUCUUUGCUAGCGACUUAUUUCAUAUCGCGUCAAACGGCACCCAGCUUUUGCUCCUCUCCUCUCACCAUGCAGUCAUCGAUCUAGUAUCUUGGCGCAUUGUAUGGGCGGAUCUCGAGGAUUUUGUCAACCAUGGAAAACUAUUUUCACACCCGACUGCUUCAUUCCAGCAGUGGUGUCACCAGCAAUACACUAUUGGAGCCAGCCUUUCACCGUUGUCUGUUCUGCCAUACCCGGUUCCCAAGCCGCGAAGCGAAUUUUGGGGCCUUCCGGAAUCAGAGAACACGUUCUCAGGCUGCGAAACUCACAGCGUUAGCUUCGACCAAGACCUGACUUCGACUCUUUUUGGCGGGGCGAACGACUCGCUACAUACGGAGCCGAUGGACAUCAUGAUCGCCGCACUGACGCACUCGUUCAUGCAGACUUUCCCAGAGCGGGAGCCGGCUGUCGUUUGGCUUGAGGGACACGGUCGAGAGCCACCGGUUGAAAUUCCCUUAGAUAUCACCAACACCAUCGGAUGGUUCACCACAUUGUACCCUAUUCCUCUCGCCCUUUCAGCACAGAGCACUCUCGUUGAAGCUGUCCGCCUUGCCAAAGAUAAUAGACGUCGAGUGCCGAACAAAGGACAGCCAUAUUUCGCUUGUCGCUACCGUAGCCAGUCUGGACGCGAAGCGUUCCAACAGCAUGACCUGCCUGAAAUCGUUCUGAACUUCUCUGGCGAAUUCCAACAGUUAGAGGCCACAGAAGGCCUGUUCAAGCGAGCUGAAACCACAGGCAUGGGUGACCAGGACAUUGAAGAGAUCUCGCUCUCAGCAAAACGUACUAGCAUGAUCGAGAUCAAUGCUGAAAGAGAAAAAAGCCAAUUCAUGGUCACAGUCUACAUUCAUAAAAGAAUGAAGCACCAAGACAGGCUCAAGGGCUGGAUUGAUUCAUUCUCCCGGGCCCUAGUGACUGCAGCGCAAGAACUCGCAGUCCUGGACCCGACUUUCACUACCACCGACCUCCCGCUACUACCUCUAUCGCCCGACAACUUGCAGCGGUUGCUAAUUGAAGAACUACCACGCUGUGGGAUACAUGCGAAGGCCGUUAGCGAAAUGUGUCUCUGCUUACCUGCUCAAGAAGCCUCAUACUCCACAUCGAACACCUGGCGUUGUGUUCCAAGCGACGCUGCUCGGUCGACUGUGUCAACUUCGCGUCUGGCUGAAGCAUGGAGGACUGUAGCCAAGCGCCAUCCCAUCUUGCAGACUGUAUUCGUGACUCAUCCCGAAGGCGACGGAUUUGUGCAGGUGGUGCUACGACAGCCAAUUACUCGCAAAGUGAACAUUGAUGCUGGCGAAGAGCGACCGGUGGAUGUUUUGAUGCGGCUCGAAAGCCCUCAAUUCGCGCCGCAUGAGCCAAAGCAUGCCUUCUCCAUCUGCUGGUCAAGGAGCGGUGAGAUUGCCUACCGAUUAGACGUAAACCACAGCCUGGUAGAUGGCACCAGCCUGGGCCUCCUGUUGUCAGAGUUGACAAAUGCGUAUGACGGCGUUGGCAUGGAGCCCGCAACCCCAUUUCGCGAUGUUGUACAACACGUUACAAGCAUUCCGAAAGCGCAAAGACUCUCCGCUUGGGGUGCGCUCUUGAGGAACAUACAACCCACCCGGUUCCCUAUCCAAGCUUGCCACAACGAGGACAGAGACGUCCGCGAGCGAUUUGGCAACAAAAGCCUUCCGCGUAGUGCCGUUGAGGGUGUCGCCGAUUUCUGCAAAAGCGCAGACGUUACACGGUUCGUUUUCAUGCAGGUCGCUUGGGCGCUUGUCCUCGCACACUUCACCGGGCCGAGUGAUAUCUGCUUCGGCUACCUCGCGCACGGCCGCGAUGCGCCUGUUGCUGGCAUCGAAUCCACCAUCGGUCCUCUGAUAAGCUUGCUCGUAGGACGUGUAGAUCUCCGCCAGUUGGCCAGUAAAGUCCUCGAGGACGUCUCAAAGACGACUUUGAAACAUCGAAGUAUACAGCACAUCUCGCUAGCUGACCUUCAACAUCAUCUUGGCAUUCCACGUGGACUGUUCAACACGUCAUUAUCGGUGCGAAGGACAGAUGAGUCGCCAAGGAACCCGAGCUUGACAUUUGAGACGCAGGCCGGAGAGGACCUGCAUGAGUUCGAUAUUGGGGUCAGCGUUGAUGGUCUAAUGGAUGUCAUCGUGGAAUAUCGAGAGUCCUGCAUUUCUGCUCACGUUGCGCACGAGGCUUCUAGUGUUCUGAUAGAUGCUAUCCGGUAUUUGUUGACCACUGCUGGGGAUGAUGACCUGACCGUCGACAAAGAGGAUGGCUACGCUGCGUCCAGAUUCUUCAAGUACCUGGUAGGCAGCGAUGAGCCAUCGGCGAAGGUUUUCUGGUCCGAGCAGUUUACAGACACACAGGCUUCUCACUAUCCCUCUCGGCCCUUCGGCCGGUCCACUGAUGCGGAUGACGAGGUGCAGCUGGAUAUACCAGGCUCCUUAGACACCUGUUUCGAGAUGGCAACCGCACUGCGGACGGCGUGGGCAUUACUCGUGUGCCGCAUGACGGACUCGCGCGAGGCCAUCUUCGGCGUGCCCACUCUUCUCCGAAAGGUCGAAUCUCAAGGUCACAGCAUAGCCAAGUUUGGUCGCACGGGGCUUCACUGGAUCAUGUCGUUGAGUGACGAAGCAAGUUUCGCUUGUGACUUCCAGACAGUGGUAGAACUUGUUGAUGAAGCCACAGGUCUACCGUCAAAGUACCCCGGGCUCACGCAUGUCAGGUGUAUCUUAGAACGUGAGGCUCGUGCAAGGCUGAGUCUUCGCUUCAACACGAGCUCCAUGUCCAAGCAACAAGCAGAGCGCUUGCUCGAUCAGUUACAGUACAUAAUCACACUGCUACUUGACGAAGCUGUAAGAGAGCAGACGCUAGACUGUGUGAACAUGACCUGCAAGCAAGACUUGGAGCAGAUUUGGCAAUGGAACGCAACAACCCCAUCCGCGCCAUGUAUCUGCGCUUGGGAUGGCGUCCUAUCCUACCGACAACUGGACGACUUAUCGACGCAGCUGGCUCAAUCUUUAGUGGCGGAAAGUGUCGUGCUUGUGAUGAAGUGCGGUGCCGUUGCCGUGGCUACUGAUGUCACCACACAGCCAGAGGAGAGGCUUCUUGCAAUGGUUGAACAGGUCGGAUCGUCCAUGUGUCUUUCUUCGGUCAAGCAUAAGGAUCUUGCAAGUCGGCUUUGCACUUCAGUUACCGUUGUCGGUCCGGCACUUCUUCACAGGUCACCGCAUGUUAACGGACAACCAUUGCCGCAAGUCAGCCCGGACGACGCGUUGCUGAUUCAAUUUACGUCUGGCUCGACGGGAACUCCCAAAGGCGUCGUGGUCACGCAUGAGAAUAUGUGCAGUGCUUUGGCACACCAGCGAGAUGCACUUGGAUAUCGACAAGAUUCGAGAGUCCUCGACUUCAGCUCGUACGCCCUCGAUGUUUUCUGGGCCAACCUUUUGAAACUCUUUCAAAAGCUAUGGGCGGAGAUCCUGAAGCUCGACCCUGCUACUAUCGGCGUGGAUGGCGGCUUUUUCAGGCUUGGCGGCGACUCGAUCGGCGCGAUGAGAGUUGACGCUCUUGCUCGACAGAAUGGACUGCCACAGCUCACCGUCCGAGAUGUCUUCCGGCAUCCAUUGCUGAGGGAUCUUGCUUCUGCUGUUGAGGCGUCAUAA